AUGGAUGCUCGCGAUGCUGUUCUUCGUGAAUGGAGUGACAGGCUGGAAUUUCCCACUGCUGGCCACUGGACUGUGAACGCGAUUCAGCCUGUUAUUAAAGAAUGGGUUGGGAGACAAUUCGGGGUCGUAUCGUUCCAUCUCACACAGGUGCUUUCCGGUCACGGGUGUUUCGGCAAAUACCUGUGUGAGCGAUCUAAGAGGGAGCCCACGCCAGCGUGUCAUCACUGCAAUAGUAUAGAAGAUACGGCGCAGCACACGCUGGCGGAAUGCCCAGGCUGGGAGGAGCACCGGAAUGAAUUGGUUGCGGUGGUUGGAGGAGAUUUGUCGUUGCAAGCCAUCAUUAAGACAAUGACCCAAAAUAAAACAUGUUUUAAGGCCAUGAUCUCAUUUUGCGAAGCUGUCAUGGCCGAAAAAGAAUUGGCAGAGCGCGCACGGGAAGAAGACAUCGAUGCUCACCCGUUGCGGCGUAAACGAGCUGGGCGGAGGCGGGUCGCCCAUGACCGUCGCUUGCCGCCUUAA